CGCCGGUCAGGUGGCGCUGCGGGGCGGGCCGACAGACUGCGGGGCGGACGGUGGACGCGGUUAAGCUCAGGUCCCACCGAUCCGACCCCUGCCGUCGCCGCUGCCAUGACGGGGCUGGAGUUGCUCUACCUCGGGAUCUUUGUGGCCUUCUGGGCCUGCAUGGUCGUCGUGGGAAUCUGCUACACCAUCUUUGACCUGGGCUUUCGCUUUGAUGUGGCAUGGUUCCUGACGGAAACUUCCCCCUUCCUGUGGUCGAAUCUGGGCAUUGGCCUAGCAAUUUCUCUGUCUGUGGUUGGAGCAGCCUGGGGAAUCUAUAUAACCGGCUCAUCCAUUAUUGGGGGUGGGGUGAAAGCCCCCAGAAUCAAAACCAAGAACUUGGUUAGUAUUAUCUUCUGUGAAGCGGUGGCCAUCUAUGGCAUCAUCAUGGCAAUUGUCAUCAGCAACAUGGCUGAGCCUUUCAGUGCUACUGACCCCAAGGCCAUUGGCCAUCGAAACUACCAUGCAGGCUACUCCAUGUUCGGGGCUGGCCUCACAGUCGGUCUGUCCAACCUGUUCUGUGGAGUCUGCGUGGGCAUCGUGGGCAGCGGGGCCGCCCUGGCGGAUGCACAGAACCCCAGCCUCUUUGUAAAAAUUCUCAUCGUGGAGAUCUUUGGCAGUGCCAUUGGCCUCUUUGGGGUCAUUGUCGCGAUCCUUCAGACCUCCAGAGUGAAGAUGGGUGACUAGAUGACCUGUAUGGGUGGGGCCGUGCCCUACUGUUAUUUAUUGCUGGUUUUCCUGGGACAGCUGGAGCUGUGUCCCUUAGCCUUUCUGGGGCUUGGUGUUCAGGGCCCUCCUGCACUCACCUCUUGCUGCCUGUUGACUUUGGAGGCACUGCAGUCCAGACUGAACCCCAGUGUGGGGAGUGGGCUGCUGAUGGUGACUGUGUACAGCUGUGCACCCGUGCCCCCCCACCCCCAUUCAGCCCAUCUUCCUAGUGUUUGUGAAAUAAACUUGGUAUUUGUCCCAGUCA